CCGAAAUAUUUUUGACGCUUUAGCCUUUAAAACUGAAACUAACAAUUAUUUUCUAAGGCUUUAGCCUUUAUGUUGCCUUUUAUCACUAGCCUUUUUUGAUCCACAGUGGCCUCUAUUCAAGUAUUCAGAAUUUAAUGCGAACUUACGAAGUCAAAUGGAUGUCAAAAGAAUAUAUCUUUCCUAAGAAAUAUUUUGAUUUUGCCAAACUACAUUUAUGAGUAGACCAAACAAAAGAUAUUAUAAGAAACCAAUUUCUGCUACUAGCGGUAUUACUAAAACUCAAAAAAAUGAUGUUAGAGAACGUAUUUUGAAAGCCUUUGAGUCAAGGUAUGACAAAUGUGACCAAACCCAAAAUGUUGUUUCACCAGUCUACAGUUUUUCUUUGCGAUCUAGAAGGAGACACAAAUCUACAGGAAAAGAAAACCUCCAAGACUCAUCUCUGUCAGGCAACACAAAUAAGAAUAAGCCAAAAAGUAAAAUUCAAAGGAGAGCCUUGGAUUCUUCAAGUUCAGAUGAAAAAGAUGAAGUUAUCGUGAUUUCUCCCAGUGUUAAUUUACCUAGUCCUGAAGAUAGUCAAACUGCGAGAAGAAAGAAAAGAAAAACCAGAGCAGAGAGAAACAAAACUUCUGGACUAUCUAAAUCUAAUAAGACUGAGAGUAAAUCGAAUGUAGCAAAACAUAUCUCAACAACUCAAACAUUAACUAAUGCUGGUGAACAUAGUAAAGAAAAUGAUACCUCAUUAAGUAAAAUUAGUAACACCAGAUUAACUAAAAAAUUAGGGUUAUUUAGUCAUGGUAAGAAAUCUUCAAUUAUUGGAAGAGAACCUAUAAUAGUAACAGAUUCAAUACGUAAGAAAACAGAAGAUGAUAUAUGGAAGAUUAUUCACAGUGAUAAGGAAGAAGACAGAUCUUCCAAGAUGGAUAUUGAUGAAAUUAUUUCUCCAAGAGAUGAGGUGCUUCCUGUGCCACAGAAUAAACCAGCUAAAAGUUUAUCAUCUAUAGAGUUACCUGCACUACCUAGACCUAGUCAUAAAACACCUUUAUCACACCAUAAUUCUACUACCCCAGCACAUCAACAUACUCAUAGUGUAAAAUCAACGACUACUACUGGUAUAUCUACUGGAUGUUCUACUGGACCACCAGCUACACAUUAUGAUGGUUGGGAACAAAAGUCACCACCUUUAAAAGAUGUAUAUAAUUUAAUAAUGAACUCCAUUAGGAAAAAGAAUACUGUUUCAAAGAAAGAAUAUGUACAAGAAAUGUGUGAUGAUUUGAAGAAACUUAUGAAACACAAUGCCUCAACAACAGCAACACCAAUGUCAGCAAGAAUAACAUCAAAAACAUCAACAUUGUCUAACAACGGUAGUGUACAGAGAUCUCUUCUUCAAAGUUUUUUACAAAAUAAACCUGCAGAUGAAACAGACCAUGUUUAUUUACAGCCAGACAAGUUCACUCAUAAUUGCACAAAUCAAAUUGAUGUCAGGGACAAUAACUCUAAAGAUAUUGAAAUGAAAAUGAUCACAUGUUCACAAUCACCAUCCCACAAAUCAGCUUUUAUUGAUGCCAAACUCUUGCUGGAACACAAUGACAUUAUGGAAUUAAGUAGACCAAAAGAAUCCAGCAAUCCAGAAAUGAUGGAUACUGGAAGUGUUGAAGAUGGAUCAAGACCUAUGUCCUUGUCUCAAUCAUCAGGAUUUCAUAGUGUAAGAAGUGCUCCCACUCCAACCAUAGAACAGCUAUUUAGAGACAGUUGUCACAAUAUACAUGAUCAUAGACAGAAUCUACGUACAGCUAUAGAUCGAGCUUCUAGACCAGCUGGUACCAUCAGAUCAACUGAGGCUGUGGUCACUGAAUUACACCCACAAUUUCUGCCUGGUUUCCAUGGUGAUUUCUACAAAGAUACCAUAGAGAAAAGAGAUUCAAUAUGGCAUGAAACAAAUUAUAACUCUCACCAAUCACAGAAACAUGGAUUAGAUAUGUUUGAAUUGCCUGAUACUAGAAAAACACAUCAAAAUCACCCACAUGAUAGAAAUCACCAUUUUUGUCACCCACAUGAUAGAAAUCACCAUUCAAGUCACCCACAUGAUAGAAAUCACCAUUCUAGUCACCCACAUGAUAGAAAUCACCAUUCUAGUCACCAUAAUCAAUUACGUCAUUAUUCUAGUUACCAUCAUCAGCUGAAUCACCACCAUAAUCAGUUAGAUCAUCAUAAUCAGUUAGAUCACAAUUCUAAUCACCAUCGUUCUAGUCAUCAUUUAGAUAUAGAUUGUCACCAUGCCUAUAUUCCCCUGCUACCUACAUCUCCUAUAUUGGAUUCCUGGAAUUUCCCACCUUUACCCCAGUCCUCACCAACUUCACCACCAAAACUCUUUCCUCAAAGACUUUAUUGA